CGGAAGUGCGCCGAGGGACGAGUCAUGGCCCUGGAGGCCGCGGGGCAUCUGUCUGAGGAGACUUUGUCGCUUUGGAAACGGGAGCAAGCCCGGCUGAAGGCCCUCCUGGUGGACCGGGACACGGAGGCCUGGCAGCGGGACCCCGCUUUCUCUGGUCUGCAGAGGGUUGGAGGCGUUGAUGUGUCCUUCGUGAAAGGGGACAGUGUCAGUGCCUGUGCUUCCCUGGUGGUGCUCACAUACCCCGAGCUCGAGGUGGUGUAUGAGGACAGCCGUAUGAUCAGCCUGACGGCCCCCUACAUAUCAGGCUUCCUGGCCUUCCGAGAGAUGCCUUUCCUAGUAGACGCUGUCCAUCGGCUGCAAGAGAAGGAGCCAAACCUCAUGCCCCAGGUCCUUCUUGUGGAUGGAAACGGGGUGCUCCAUCACCAAGGCUUUGGGAUAGCCUGCCACCUUGGUGUCCUCACAGGGCUGCCUUGCAUUGGGGUGGCCAAGAAACUCCUACAGGUGGAGGGACUGGAAAACAAUGCUGCGCACAAGGAGAAGAUUCAGCUCCUGCAUGCAGGGGGAGAUACAUUUCCUCUGAUGGGUGGCUCUGGGACUGUCCUCGGAAUGGCCCUGAAAAGCCACGACCACAGCACCAAGCCCUUGUACAUUUCUGUGGGCCACAAGAUAAGCCUGGAGGCAGCCGUGCGCCUGACCCAUUGCUGCUGCAGGUUCCGGAUUCCUGAGCCAGUGCGCCAGGCUGACAUCCGCUCUCGAGAGUACAUUCGCAGGACUCUGGGACUCUCUGGGCCGCCUGUACCAGGGCAGGAGAGGAACCAGAAGGGACCAAAGUCAAAAGCACACCCCAAAGGAGGUUCAGCAGAGCCAGCAGAAGAGAACAGGCACCCUGAGGACCCCAGCAAAGGCCCGGGGACAGACCCGGAAGCACCGUAGCCAGGCUGCUCAGCAGCAGAGCAAGGGCUUACAGUCUCUGGGAACUGGGCACCGUGAAGACGCCAACUGCCGGCCUCCCACGUCAGCCUCAGGACAGUAACCACUCUGAGGAAUAGUUGCUAAGGACUGUGGAACCUCCCGUGGUAGAAACACUGACCAGAGCACCCAGCAGGAUACCACUUGGGUUGUUAGCUGUCCUGCCUCCUCCAGCAUUGAGUGACCUGCACGAUCACUGCCUCAGAAGGACAGAUGUCCUGAAGGCAAGUGCCAGACCAGAACAUUGUGAGAUCACUCUCCAGAGCACAUAGGGGACUUGGGGUUCAGAUGCCCCAGUGGUCAAAAGACUAGCAGCCUGUGCCAGUGCCCACAGCUUCCAUGCCAUCUACACCUUGGAAAUGCACCUGUUUCAGGGCUGUGCUUAAACCGUGCCCCACCAGCCAAAGCAGGCUACCUGUACAGCUGGGAGGGGCUCAAGCUGUAUGACUACCUCCAACACCACAUGUAUGUGUGUUCUUUCCCUGAUCUGCCUGUCCUCCAGCCUGCUCACCAUGAGUAGGCCCAAGAGAGGCCCCAAGCCUACUGUCUGUGCCGCGUACCACCACCCCCAUUCCUGCCUCUGCCUCAAAACCAUCCCCAUGAUGGGAGGAGCCCUGCCCCAGCCCAGCACCCUGCAUCUUCCCUGAGUGCUGACGAGGCAACUAAGACUCAGGGCCUGCCUCAGCCCAUCCCUCCCAGGCUCCCAGAGUGGAGUUGACAGGUAGUAGAUAGGUCUGGCUUCACUAGUCCUGAGUCAGGAUGGAGGUGGAAGGAAAGGAGGGUCCCAGAGAUAAAGGUGGGCACCUGCUGGGUAUACCCCUUUUCACUGAGCCUAAGGGACCACACACACACUGGCAUCCAGCCUGUCCAGAGGAGACAGCUGCAAGGCCCCCUGCCUAACCCUCAGAACCAUCUGAGGUGGAAUGCUCUGUCUCUUGCUCAGAACCUGUUUUCUCAUGGGAUGCCUUCUGCUUGCCUCCCUGCGGUUUACCCAGGAGAGGGAGGAUAUGUUGCCCCAGUGGUGGCGUUCUAGGGCACAGCCUGGCCCACACAAACUUAAAACACACUCGUGGGACCCCCUGCAUCCCCACUGAACCCAGGGCUGGAGGGCUCACAGCUGCCCCGCCAUCUGCCCUCCUGUUUCCAGAUCCCUCCCAGAGGACCAGGGGUUGGCAGCAGAAGCAUGGGGCUGAGGCUCAGCAGAGCCGACUGGGAUCCAGCAUUUCACAUGCUUUGGUGAAGUACAUGUCAGGUGGGGAUAAUAUGUGUCCUUCCUUGUGUCUGAGGAGGUCCCAUAAGGUGACAUACAUAAGGGGCUUAGAUAAAGCCUGGCACAUGGUGGCCCCUUAAUGAAGGGAAGCCAUUAGUUUGGAAAAGUAGGACCCACAGAGCCCCUCCAUGUGUGGCCCUCAAGUCUGGUCUCCCACACUUGGUGAAUGUGUCAGGGUUUGUCUGUGUUGUACCAUGUGUCACUGUGGUAAGUCCCCAACUUAAAAACAUCAGUGUUGGGGGAAAAAAAUCAGUAUUGAAAACUCACAGGUGUGCUGUAUAAGCCUCCCUCUGACUAUGAGUGGAUCCAACUUAACCUCUCAGAAUGGAACUUGUUCAUAAGUUAGGGACUUGCUGCACUUAGCUCCUUGUGACUGAAACCCUGCUGCAAGGAGCUACCACCUUGCAGCUCUUCACAAAGCAGGUGACGGGUGUUUGAGUUAUUGCUGUUUGGGGGGCUGCCAUGAGUGUUAUGGACGAGUGUCUGUGUGUGUUUUGGUUCUGGUGAGUCCACAGCCAAGAGGAAGUGAGAACCAGCCAAGAUGUUCUGCACUGUGGCUGCACAAUAUUGCAGCCCCACCAGACUGUAUGGGCACAGUUUCCCCUCGCCCUCACUCGCUUGUGACUGUUUCUCCUUUGCAUUCUAGCCAUCUAGGGCCACAAAGCGUCGUUUGGGUGUCCCUCAUGACUGAUGGUGCCACGCACGUUUUCAUGUGCUGCCAGCCAGUAGUACGCCUUGGGAAAAACAUCUCUUCAUGUGCUUUACCCUCCACCUUUUCUAAUUGGGUUGUCUUUUUAUUGCUGAGCUGCAGGAAUUCUUUGUAUGUCCCAGAUACUCUGUGUUCGCUGGUUUAUAUGCUUGGAGUUUGUCCACGUUUCUGAUUCAGUGAUGUACACUU